GCCCCUGGUGGCAUGGUCGUUUAUGGUUUUUUAGUUGUAAGUUUUUAAUGUUUUGAAUACAGGGUUUUAUCGCUCAUCGUUCACGGUGCCAUGACGGACGAAUUAAAGUUGGACCAUCGAGCGAAAAAGCGUAUUAAGGAAGUUAAGAGACGAGCGAGGCCAGAACUUGGAGAUAAGUUUGCUUGGACUCAACAUGGUUAUCACAAAAACUUUCAACCUUUCUGGGAUUUUAAAGACAACAUAAUGAGAAUUGAUGAAUCCUCGGUAACGCCUGCAGAAUUUGUUGAACGUUUUGAGAAACCCUACCAACCUGUGAUAAUUCAAGGUGUUCAGUCCAAUUGGAAAGCACAACAUAAGUGGACUAUAGAGAGGUUGGCUAAAAAAUAUAGAAACCAAAAAUUCAAGUGCGGUGAGGACAAUGAGGGCUACAGUGUAAAAAUGAAGAUGAAGUAUUUUGUUCGAUACAUGAUGAACAAUGAGGAUGAUUCUCCAUUGUAUAUCUUCGAUAGUUCCUUCGGAGAGCAUCCUCGCAGGCAAAAGUUGCUGGAAGAUUAUAUAGUUCCAAUAUACUUCAGAGAUGAUCUAUUUCAACAUGCAGGCGAACAUCGGAGACCACCAUAUCGUUGGUUUGUCAUGGGGCCUGCUAGAUCUGGUACGGGUAUUCAUAUAGAUCCUUUGGGAACCAGUGCAUGGAAUGCACUGAUUUCUGGUCAUAAAAGAUGGUGUCUAUUUCCAACUCAUACUCCCCGUGAGUUACUCAAAGUAUCCGUGGCUGAAGGUGGUAAACAAAGAGACGAGGCUAUAACGUGGUUCUCUGUUAUAUAUCCUCGUACCAAGUUACCAACGUGGCCACAAGACUGUCAACCGAUAGAAAUACUUCAGAAACCUGGAGAGACCGUUUUUAUUCCUGGUGGCUGGUGGCAUGUAGUUCUUAAUCUUGACGAGACGAUAGCUGUUACUCAGAAUUUCUGUUCACGCACCAACUUUCCUGUAGUUUGGCAUAAAACGGUGCGAGGAAGACCAAAGUUGUCGCGGAAAUGGUUGAAGGUACUCAGAGUUAAGGAACCGGAACUAGCUGCAUUGGCUGAAACGAUUGACCUAAAGGAGGAUACAGGAAUAGCAAGUGAUUCUUCGAGUGAUUCUUCAAGCAGUUCUUCAAGCAGCAGUAGUAGCAGUCAAUCAGAAGAUAGUGCUGAUGAUAGUGGCCAAGAAUCCGUUACUGCUUACAAAAAGAAGAAAAGGAGAAAAUUGAAUGGCAGUCAACCCUGACAGUAUCCUAAAUUUAGGGCUGAAGGAGACCUCAGGCUGUACAGUAUUACUCAACAGUUGUUUGUGCUACAAGGGUAUAUGCACACACUCCUAUAUCUAUGUUCAUAUGAAAAUAAAUGCUAGAUAAUGCCAAACUCAUUCCAUCGUCUGAAUAACUUUUGUCUAAGCAUUUGAACUUAUAUUGAAAUUACUUUUUCAAUGAGAUUUGAAUCAUUUGAAGGGCGUUGUAAAAUUCACAGAGAGAUAGGGUAUAAUUUGGAGAGUAAAGACGAUCCUAGUAGAAUAUUUGAACAUAUGAGAGAGUCUUUUAAUCUUAUACAAACCAUAGUUUCAAGACUUGCAAUAUAUCGCUGGUCUUCUUUCUAUAGAGAUCAGUGGAACCUGUACUUUGUAUCAAAAUGACAAACAAUUUGUAACUUUUACAAUUUAAGAAAUACAUAAUUCUAAUAUUGCCGUA